CACGAAAUAAGUUUUGCACAGUUGUGUCUUAAGCCUUCAUAACUCCCGCACUUCUUGCAGUCUCAAGCAUGCAUACCUUACUUUUCUCCCAGCUGUGCUUGAUCUCUCAGCUUGUUAUUUGGGAAGCGUUGAUUGGAAACGGUUUUCUUCAUGUUAAAGCAAGUGAACAGCUGGUGGAAAGCCAAGCUCAUGACUCUUACAUUACAGGAGGUAGAUACAUGCCAACACACACCGGGAUUGAAGAUCGUUGGGAGCCGAUGGGUAUAGAAUCUUGGAAAAGGGAUAGUCUUAGAUCAGAUUACUCUGGAGUACCAACUACUCAGUUUGUGCUACAUGUUCCAAAACCAGAAGGUUGUUGGUUGAACUGA